AUGGACUCGUAUUCGAUAACAAACGUAAAAUAUCUGGACCCUAGCGAAUUGCAUCGUUGGAUGCAGGAAGGACAUACCACUACGCUAAGGGAGCCCUUCCAGGUGGUAGACGUGCGAGGCUCAGAUUAUAUGGGGGGCCAUAUCAAGGACGGAUGGCACUUCGCCUACUCGCGCCUCAAGCAGGAUCCGGAGUACUUACGUGAGCUAAAGCACAAACUGUUGCAAAAGCAAGCGGAAGGCCACGAACCGCUCAAUGUGGUUUUCCACUGUAUGUUAUCGCAGCAGCGCGGACCAUCUGCAGCGAUGCUGCUUCUUCGGUCGCUUGACACGGAAGAACUUCCUCGGUGUCGUCUAUGGGUGUUACGCGGCGGUUUCUCAUGUUGGCAAUCCGUAUACGGUGACGACGAAGGCGUCACCGUGGGUUACCUCCCUGAUCUGUGGCGUUAA